AUGGUUUUGUCAGCGCAAAGCCAAGGAGGAUUGAAACCUGGGUUCUAUUCUUCUUCAUGUCCAAAGGCUGAGGUGGCCGUCAGGUCUACUGUUCAAUCACACUUCAACAAAGAUCCCACCAUAGCUCCUGCUUUACUAAGGCUUCAUUUCCAUGAAUGUUUCGUGCAGGGUUGUGAUGGAUCAGUGUUGAUUACGGCAUCUUCGGCUGAGAAAAAUGUCUUGCCGAAUAUCGGAUUAAGAGGCUUUGAAGUCAUCGAUAAUGCAAAAAUGCAACUUGAAGCUUUGUGUCUUGGCGUGGUAUCAUGUGCUGAUAUAUUAGCACUUGCUGCUCGUGACGCCGUUGACUUGAUAUUCUCAACUCACUUUGUUGAUUAUUUUUCUAACAAUGAUAGACACGCUAACUUUUAA